ACCGGCUGUGUGGAGGACGCUCUGGAGGCGGAAGUCAGUCGUGUGGCCUGAAGCGUCACCGCCGCUCGGGCUCAGUUCAGCGGUGGUUCGGUACAGGACGUCAUCCUUCAUCCUCCUCUUCGUCUCUGUUCGUGUCGUGGACCUUUACACGGAACCAGACUCCCAACAUGUCUCCGAAGAUCAAGGCCGGCUCCGUGGUGGAGAUGCAGGGAGACGAGAUGACCCGGGUCAUCUGGGAGCUCAUCAAGGAGAAGCUCAUCUUCCCCUACCUGGAGCUGGACCUGCACAGCUUCGACCUCGGCAUGGAGAGCCGCGACGCCACGGACGACCGCGUGACGGUUGAGGCGGCGGAGGCGGUCCAGCGCUACAACGUGGGCAUCAAGUGCGCCACCAUCACGCCGGACGAGCACCGCGUGGAGGAGUUCAAGCUCAAGCAGAUGUGGCGCUCGCCCAACGGGACCAUCCGCAACAUCCUGGGAGGCACCGUGUUCCGAGAGGCCAUCAUCUGUAAGAACAUCCCCCGCCUGGUGCCGGGCUGGGUCAAACCCAUCAUCAUCGGCAGACACGCCCACGGAGACCAGUACAAAGCCACAGACUUCGUGGUGCCCGGACCCGGGAAGGUGGAGAUGACCUACACGCCGGAGAGCGGAGAACCCGUUAAAUAUGUCAUUCAUAAGUUUGAGGGCACGGGUGGCGUGGCUCUGGGGAUGUACAACACGGACAAGUCCAUCAGGGACUUUGCCCACAGCUCGUUCCAGAUGGGUCUGACUAAAGCCUGGCCGCUGUACCUCAGCACCAAGAACACCAUCCUGAAGAAGUACGACGGACGCUUCAAAGACAUCUUCCAGGAGAUCUACGAGAAGGAGUACCGUGCGCAGUUCGAGGCCAAAGGCAUCUGGUACGAGCACCGUCUGAUCGACGACAUGGUGGCCCAGGCCAUGAAGUCCGAGGGCGGCUUCAUCUGGGCCUGUAAGAACUACGACGGAGACGUGCAGUCCGACUCGGUGGCGCAGGGGUACGGCUCCCUGGGCAUGAUGACCAGCGUGCUGAUCUGUCCCGACGGACGCACGGUGGAGUCGGAGGCCGCCCACGGCACCGUGACCCGCCACUACAGGCAGCACCAGCAGGGCAAAGAGACGUCCACCAACCCCAUCGCCUCCAUCUUUGCGUGGACGCGGGGCCUCCUCCACCGGGCCAAGCUGGACAACAACGCGGAGCUGCGAGUCUUCUCCGAGGCGCUGGAGGCCGUUUGCAUCGAGACCAUCGAGGCCGGUUUCAUGACCAAGGACCUGGCGAUCUGCAUCAAGGGGAUGUCAAAGGUGGCACGCGCCGACUACCUGAACACCUUCGAGUUCCUGGACAAGCUGGCGGACAACCUGAAGAUGAAGCUCUCCAGUCAGCCCAAACUGUGAUCGCACACCUCCGACACAGACACAUUCAAC